GCCGAAGUUAUGGCGACUCCUAAUUUUCAUGCCCGAAUGAAUGACAUCUAUAAAAGCAAGUCAUAUCGUGGGCAUUUUCGCAAUAUGCAUGACUGGAAUGAAUUUACAAUUGCCUUACCAUAUGUAUACAUAAAGUACCUAUCAACAAACCUCUCGUUGACGCACAUGCCAUGUUUGUCUAUACAUAUAAGUAGUGUAAACUGAUUCUUUUCAUUGGCACCGCUGCUCGAGCGUCAGUCUCACCAUCAAGACACCAGACAGAGCAAAUAAAAUAUAUAGCCGCCGCAAGCACGUGGUAUAACAACGCAAGGUGGCACAAUAUUAUGGCCCAGCAGCAGAAAUGCUCGGCCCAGUCAAGUCAUUCCCAAUGAGUUCACAGGUUGCCACUUUUCACGGACGAGUCUGCUAAUUAUCGCGUUAAACAAGUUGCGAGCAUGCGGGGCUCCGAGUAGCUGUCAGUCGCACAAUAGCGAGAAAAAGAAAUGCCGCCGAUUUUGAACAACAAACAGGUUAUGUCAAAACAACUCGUCUGACAUGCUUUCAUAAUUAACACUUGUAACAGUUGUAACUCGCAAGAAUAGAUUCGGCAUUAGCUUGUAUAUGUGAAUCUAAUGAAAAUGACAAGCAUCAAGACGAGUGACAUUGACUUGGACGAUCCAAGGUUCAGGAUUAAGCCGUAUCAGCAGAUGAUUGCUUCCUGCACUGGUGCACUUGUAACUUCGUUUAUUGUUACCCCGCUGGAUGUUGUCAAGAUUCGCUUGCAAGCUCAGCAAAAGGCUAUGCUGUCAAACAAAUGCUACUUGUAUUGUAAUGGAUUAAUGGAUCAUAUCUGCUCUUGUGGGAAUGGACAGGGUGGAAUGAGUCAAGCUGCCUGGCUCAAAGCUAAUGGAAAAUUUACUGGCACAUUGGAUGCUCUAGUUAAAAUUAGUCAAAAAGAAGGUAUUCGAUCAUUGUGGAGUGGAUUGAGUCCAACCUUGGUUUUAGCUGUACCAGCUACAAUUGUAUACUUUGUUUCCUAUGAACAACUGAGGCUGUACAUCAAAGAUAGUUAUAAUACAAGUGCCAGGAAUAUAAGUCAUAUGGAGCAGCCGUUUUGGAUACCGAUGGUAGCUGGUGGCACAGCAAGAAUAUGGGCUGCUACUCUAGUCAGUCCACUAGAAUUGAUACGAACCAAGAUGCAGUCCCAGAGAUUAAGUUAUGCUGAAAUGCAGCAAGCUUUGAAAACUGUUGUCCAGCAAAAUGGUGUACGGGGAUUAUGGAUGGGCUUGAGUGCUACACUAUUGAGAGAUGUGCCAUUCAGUGCAAUUUAUUGGUUCAACUAUGAAGGCAUCAAGAAGAAAUUUCCUAGUUCUCAACAAACUUUUGCAUUCAGCUUUGUAGCAGGUGCUUUAGCUGGUUCUAUAGCAGCCUUUGUAACAAUUCCAUUUGAUGUUGUGAAAACUCAUAGGCAGAUAGAAAUGGGAGAAAAACAAAUUUAUUCUGAUCAUCCAAGACAAUCCGGUAGUACAUGGCACACAAUCAAGAAAAUAUACUCCACAAGUGGAAUCAAAGGAUUGUUUACAGGAUUGACACCCAGACUUGUUAAAGUUGCACCAGCUUGUGCUCUUAUGAUUUCAACAUUUGAGUAUGGAAAACGAUUCUUCCAAAACUACAAUGCAAAUCGUGCUCUUCUAGAAAUGAAUGAUGACAUUCAUUGGCUUGAUCAAAAGCAAAAUCGCGUUUAAUAUCAUUUGUAAUAAUACUUGUGUAAAUAGAUGGGGAAUUUUUCUGACUUGUGUAUAUGUGUUUCAAUUGUAUUAUGAACAUUCAUUUCAUCUAGACUAUUAUUUAAUCAUGGCUACCAAUUGAUCUAGAGAUUACUUUUGAAAGCAAGAACCAAAUAUUCAAUAAAAUAUAUUUUGUUUAAAAA